AUGUUCGCAUUAUCAGCUAGCAAAUGUGAACUGAAUGCAUUUAACGAGUGCUCGUAUACUCUCAACACAGCACUAGAUUCAUUAUUUUCCAAGCGAUUCAGACAUCCAUUUGAUGUUGCUUUUUUAUUUCCCUGUGAAAUUCGUGCACAAGUGGAACAAAUAUGUGAUGUAUUAAGAGCUAAAAUUGAUGUUUUGUAUGAUCAUUACUAUCGUGCUGAGUUAUCACGUCCAAAUCUUGAUUUAUAUUUGCAAUCCAAUGAUCAUCAUGAAACAAAACUGACCGUCAUUUUUCUGUCCAAAGAACAUGACUGCAAGGAACAAUGUGGCCUCGAAUUUCAUGCAAUAGAAAAUCUAAUCAAAACAAAACAAGACGAUCAAAUUAUGUUGCUAAAAGAUCAUUCUCAUCGUAUGUCGACGCGAUGUCGUGAUAAUACACCUGCUGAAUAUCAACCGUUAUUUGAGAAUAGUGGAUAA